AAACCCCAGAUAACCCUUCCUCAGUUGCUGUUAACAGAAAAUUAAAAUAGUGCUAUCGUCUUCUCAACUUCAUCUUCCUCCUGGAAAACUCUUCAUUUUUCCGUCUAAAGGGCACUAUUUUCUAUCCUUUAAAGCAACAUAUUUUAGUCUCUACCGAAGCCGCUUCUCCCAUCUUCACCUUCACGACCACAAUAGAAGAUGAACGAGAACAAGACCAACAGAUAGACGCAGUCAACAAUGCCACGGCCGUGACCCAGAAAAAUAUAAAGAAAAGAGAUUAACUUUUGAACUUCUGAUCACUUUUCCCACUUGAGGAUCUUUGUCUCUCUGAUUACAUCAUGCCAUAGAACAUUGGAUAUGCUCUCCCAUGUCUUGUCUAUGUCUAAAACAGUCAACUACACUUUUUUUUUUCUGUUCACUUUGUCAUAAGUUGAAUAACAAAUUAAUGUAGUUUUCCCUUGUCCCCAAUCCUUGCCAUCUUCUUGACAUCCAUUAAUCAUUUACAAAGAAAGAUUUCAUUUCUCAUUGUUAGAGGCACACCAAUCCCAUUGGAGCCAAAGAUUUUGAGUUCUGUCUUUAUUUAUUGAGUUUGUUUCUUAAUUUUUUAGUGUUCUUAACGUGUGGUUUCACCAUUUAACCUUGUCAAAUGAGCUUUCUGCUGUAGGUUACCACCAAUGAAGCUGUUGAAUUGUCGAGGAGAGUAGUGUUGGAGGAAGGUCUCAAGAAUUGCCUGAAAUUGUCCACCAAAAAAAAAAAAAAAGAAAACUGUGACAAAACCAUCACUCAAAUUUUUUAAUUCAAGAUUUCAACCCAAAAUUAAUGGAUGAUGUCAUUUCACAUCACUUUUCUAUUAACUACCUGCUUGCAUGGCAUUUGUUCUUACUUGGUGUUGAUGGGGAGAUGUCUGUACAUGUCUUGUGGAACCCAAAACCACGUCAUGCAAGCAAUUACUUAACAGAAAAAUGAAGUGUGAUGCUGUCAUCUGUUAAUUUUGGGUGGAAUCUUAAAUUCAAAAAGUUUAAGGGUGAUUUUGCUACUGCCUUUUUAUUUCUUAUUUUUUUUUCUUAUGAAGGGUGAAUUUGCUCCAACUAAAUAAUUUGGGGGUAAUUCUGCACUUUCAUCCAUAUUUUGUCUAUAUGCUUUUCUAAUGGAACAUGCUAGCAGCACUGACCAUCUAAUUUGCUGUUAAGUGGUUACUAGAUGAUAUAGGUUAUAUUUCUAAGCUUUGGUGAGAGUCAUAUUCCGACUGCUCUUUUCCAUUCUACACAUGAAGAGGUUCAGAAAAUGCCUACAAGUUCAUGUAAAAUUACUCUUUCUAGAUGGGUCCUACCGUGCAAAUCC